AUGGUUUACCAAGCUCUCACACGGCACCCCAAUGGCAAACGCCUCCUCGCUCUCGAUGGAGGUGGUGUUCGAGGAAUAAUGGGUCUCGUAAUCCUCAAAGAGCUCAUGAGCCGUGUCCAAGAACGGAAACGUCUGGCCGAGAUUCCUCGCCCAGCCGAUUACUUCGAACUUGCUGGCGGCACAAGCACUGGUGGUAUCAUGGGUAUCAUGCUAUUUCGACUACGCAUGACCGUGGAUGAUACUAUCAAAGAGUAUGACAGAAUUGCCAAGACCAUCUUCAGCCCCAAGUUCUGGGGUAGGGAUGUUAGCUGGAUACCUGGUUCGAGGAUCUUCAACAACAGCAAAGCCUUGGUUCAGGACAGUCGCUUUGAUGCCGCGUCUAUGAGCAAAGCUAUCGAUGAGGUCGUCGAGAAGUAUGGUCUAGAUGAGAACGACAAGAAGCUCAAAGGAAAUGCGCCUCUUCAGCAUGACGGAGGUGCACGAAUGUUCUGCUGCACCACUGCUCAAAACAGAGCCGAGUCCAUGUUGAUGCGAUCUUAUAAAGAUAGCACAAUCUAUACCAAAUCCAAAGCCAACAACGCUCUUCUCAAACACGGUAACAAGCUCACCAUCAGCAUCGCUGCUCGUGCUACAUCUGCCGCACCUACCUUUUUCCCCGAAGUCAAGUUUCCUGAGGACAACCCUGACCUUGUAUUCUGGGAUGGCGGUCUCCUGAACAACAACCCCAUCGACCAACUAUGGUACAGCCGCUUCGAGCUCGUGGAACCUUCAGAACCAGCACCUCCGAUCUCAUGUGUUAUCAGUCUGGGCACAGGCUAUGUAAGUCCAGGCAAGGCCAAGCCAUCAUGGAUCAAGGUUGUUGGCGUCGCAUCAAAGGUGAUGGACUUUGCGACAAACACCAACGCCAAGGGCAAAGACUUUUCGAGACAUAUGAAGCAUUUGAAUGCGAGGGAGGAACAUAAGGAUACAAAGUAUAUCCGUUUCAACCCGUACUUGAAGGAAGAAAUUGGUUUGGAUGACUACACAAGGAUGGAGGAGCUAAAGGAGCUUGCAAGGAGUACAAUGGCUAAUGAGAGUGAGAUGAACCAGUACUGGAUUAACCAGGCCGUCGAUGCGAUCUGCGAUACGAAGUAG